AUGAGAUGGUCCUAUAGGCAAGGAGUCCUGAAGGUGGAUGAUUUACGACAUAUUUUGGAUGAGUGGACACCUGCCGACGUCAUAUGCCGUCCAUUUGAGGAUCAUGGAGGAUGGCGUCAGUUUGAUGAGUUAUGUCUGUACAGGGGGUGUUUGAAGUGGGGUGACACAGUUGUUCCAUACUUGCCUGACAGAUGUUUAUGCCAGUUCGGGUACAAGCAGUAUGUUCCAUCCACACCUCUUGAUUGGAUGAUGGCGACUGAUAUUGAUGUUGAUUGGAUUGGUUACCAUCAGAGUGUUAUUGUUGUGACCCAUCCAACUACCAUGGCCACCAUUUCAUCUGAUAUAGAAGAUGGUUAUCUGGAGUGGUAUUAUUGUGUUUCGCAUCCACGUUUGGCCCCUCCCCAUCGUGACGAACCAAGAGAGGUACCAGUUCCUGUUUAUGACGCGGGACUAUCUGAUCCUUAUUGGGCUCGUGCGUAA